AUGAAUAUCCAACAAAGUUCAAAGAGAAAACUCCCACUGAUCAUUCUCUUAACCUUCCUUGCUUUCCUGUUGUUCUUAGCUCCCAAAGCCCAAGCCAAGUGCAAAGCUGGCUGCCACCAUGCCUUAGCCUCAUACUAUGUUUCGCAAGGUUCAAACCUCACCUAUAUUAGCGACCUCUUCCACCAAAAGAUAUCCCAGAUCCUGGAAUACAAUCCCAACAUCACAAACGAGAAUAUCAUCAAUAUUGGUAGCAGAGUUAACGUGCCCUUCUCAUGUGACUGCUUGAACGGUGACUUCUUGGGCCACACCUUUACUUACAUUUUCCAGCCUGAAGAUACCUAUGAUAAGAUUGCUCGGUUUGCUUUUGCCAACCUCACCACCGUCGACUGGGUGCAGAGAGUGAACACUUACAUACCAACUAGGGUUCCGGACAAUGCUAUAAUUAAUGUCACGGUUAAUUGCUCGUGUGGCGAUCGACGCGUUUCGAAGAAGUACGGGUUGUUCACCACGUACCCGCUCCGUCCCGAUGAGAAUUUUUCCUAUGUGGCUGCCGAGUCCGGUGUGCCGGCCGAGUUGCUGCAGAUGUACAACCCGGGCUCCAAUUUUAGUGCUGGCACUGGCCCGGUCUUUGUGCCGGCUAGAGAUCGAAACGGAAAAUACCCGUCACUUAAGACAUCAUCAGGUAUUUCAGGAGGAGUCAUUGCUGGGAUAUCCGUUGCAGGAGUUGCAGGGGCUUCAAUUCUAGCUUUUUGCUUAUAUGCCGGGGUUUAUAGAAGGAAGAAGGUCGUGGAGGCUUCAUUUCUUCCUGCACCACCCGGCCAAGUUCCUGGAAGUAGCUCGGACAAAAAUUUAGAAACAGUAGCUCUUGUUGUUGGUGCUUCUACUUCACCAGGACUUACAGGUAUAACUGUGGACAAAUCGGUGGAGUUCUCAUAUGAAGAGCUUGCAAAGUCUACAAAUGACUUCAGCCUGGAUAACAAGAUUGGGCAAGGUGGCUUUGGAUCGGUUUUCUAUGCAGAACUAAGAGGAGAGAAAGCUGCAAUUAAGAAGAUGGAUAUGCAAGCAUCAAACGAGUUUCUUUCUGAACUCCAGGUUUUGACACAUGUUCAUCACUUGAACCUGGUUCGAUUGAUAGGAUAUUGUGUUGAAGGCUCCUUAUUUCUAGUUUAUGAGUACAUUGAGAAUGGCAACUUAAGUCAACAUCUGCGUGGCUCAGGGAGAGAACCAUUGCCAUGGUCAACUAGAGUUCAAAUUGCAUUGGAUUCAGCCAGAGGACUUGAAUAUAUCCAUGAGCAUACUGUUCCAGUUUACAUCCACCGUGAUAUUAAAUCAGCAAAUAUAUUAAUAGACAAGAACUUCCGUGCAAAGGUUGCAGAUUUUGGGCUAACAAAACUCACUGAAUAUGGAAGUUCUUCUUUGCACACACGUCUUGUGGGUACAUUUGGGUACAUGCCUCCAGAAUAUGCGCAAUAUGGUGAUGUUUCUCCCAAGAUAGACGUAUAUGCUUUUGGAGUUGUGCUCUAUGAACUAAUAUCUGCCAAACAAGCUAUUGUCAGGACAAACGAAUAUGUUCCUGAAACAACAGGACUUGUUGCCUUGUUUGAAGAUGUUCUUGGCCGGCCAGAUCCAAAAGAAGAUCUUCAAAAACUUGUGGAUCCUAGGCUUGGUGAUAAUUAUCCACUAGACUCUGUCAGUAAGAUGGCACAACUUGCCAAAGCUUGCACACAAGAAAAUCCACAACUAAGACCAAGCAUGAGAUCUACUGUAGUUGCACUAAUGACACUUUCAUCUUCCACUGAGGACUGGGAUAUUGGUUCUUUCUAUGAAAAUCAAGCUCUGGUCCAUCUAAUGUCAGGAAGGUAG